UUCCGUGAAUCUCUUCCAUCGCCUCCAUCGCCUCUUCUUCUUCAUCAUCCUCUCCUCAUUCGACUCUCUCUCUCACAUUUUUUUUUUACUUUUUUUCUUUUGCUUCCAUGGUCUUGUAGACCGUGGUUUUUGGAAUCGAUCAGGAAGUUUGUUUGGCCACAGGUCUCCAUCCCGGAGCGUAUAAAACUCAAGUUGGAGAUCCAUACAGCACUGUCCAAAUCCUGAAUGGGAUUUCUGGUGACACGUACAGACGAUCCUACUCGUCGUCGCUCCUUUGCUGCGGCUGCUGCUUCUUCUGUUUCAUUCGAAUUGCAAUCGCGGGGAUUCGUCUCACAGGCUAUAAAGGAGUUUGCUUCCUCCUCUUCUUUGAAUUUUCUUUAGCUUCUUCUCUCUCUUUUUUCUUCUUCUUCUCGUGGAGGGGGCUGUGAUUGUGAAGCGAGCGGGGAAGCAAUUGGCCAUUUAAUGGGCAUUCGAAAGACCCGGGCAAGGCAUCACAGCUCUGGGACAGAGACACAGGAAAGAGAAGAGAGAGAGCGAGCGAGUUAGAAAAGAGCUUAAAUGGAGAAAUAUCAUCAUAGCUGGGAUGGAGCUUCUUCUUGAUUAUUAGCUCGUCAAAAAAAGAAAGGAGAGAGAGAGAGAGAGGGAGGAGAGAGAGGACUCAAGCAAGCAAGGAAGAAGAAGAAGAAGAAGAAGAAGAAGAAGAAGAAGUAGCAGAUCUUUUCUUCAAAUUCGGAUAUCUCUCGUGAUCUAGAGUCGAAAUUCUGGAUUUUUCUGGGAAGGGGGAGCUGUGGCAGCUUCUCCAGACAGAUGUUUCAGGAGUGCCAUGAGAAGAAGAGGAGCAUACAACGGUGUGAAAAUGUGGAGCAAGCUGGAACAUCUUCCAAGUGACAAGAGAAAAGUCUUAUGGAGAGGAGGCUGAUCAAGAGUGCCAAGGAGGAGGAGCAGCAGCAGCAAGAGGAGCUCGAGAGAAUUCUCCAAACCCUAGGCGGAGCUACAGAAGCUUCUUCAUCUCCAUCGCGGUCUACAGCAACAGCGCUGAUAACUUCUUCUUUCUCUUCCAGUUCUUCCAGUUCUUCCAGUUCUCCCAGCUCUUCGUCGUCCUUGAUCGCUAGCGGGAUAGCUGCAUCGGCCGCGCAGUCAGCAGCGCUGAUGGACUCCACGGUUGCAGCAGCGGCUCCCUGGAGCUUCCACUUGGAUCCCGCGAUGGCGGCCAUGGUGGACUCGGCGCAGCUUCUCUACAGUGGCGGCAUCUCGGGCAUCAUGGCCGGCAGCUCCACUGUUCCAGGCAGUAGCAGUAGUGGCGCUGCUGCCGCUGGGAGGCUCUACACCGACUGGAAUUUGGCCGACUUUGACAACGCUGCUACUGCUGCUGCUCCUCGAUCCGGAGUGGAAGCGUCGUGGUGGCAGCAAACUUUCCUCUCGCAGCAGCAGCAGCAGCAACAACAGCAGCACCACCACCAUCGCCACCAAGAACACUUGGAACAAAGCUACAAUCCCGCGGGAUUUUUCUUGGACGACCCAGAUGACGAUCAAGUAGCGGCGCCGUCGAAUCAACAGCAGCUGGAUCUGGCGAGCGCUGGUCAUGCUGCUGCUGCUGCUAGCGCUGGUGUUGCUGCUGCUGCUGCUAGUGGAUCGAUAGCGUCUGGAGGGUCAGGAGGAGGAGAUCAGGCGAUUGGAACUCCCACGUCCUUCACGUCCUCGUCGGGAGCCAGCGAUGGCGACGAGGAGCACAAGGGAAAUGUGGCAUCGUCCGGAGGAUCGCUCAAGCGCAAGGCCGGGUCUUCCGAGGACGCGGAGAAAUCGUCGUCGCUGGAGCCGCAGCCGCAACAACAGGAAGGAAAGAAACCAGCCAAGCCUCCAAAGAAAGGUCCCAAGCGAAACCGCGAGCCUCGCUACGCUCUCCAGACGCGCAGCGACGUGGAUAUCAUGGACGAUGGAUUUCGGUGGCGAAAAUACGGGCAAAAGGCCGUCAAGAACAGCCCCCAUCCAAGGAGCUACUACCGCUGCACCAACAGCAAGUGUCCAGUGAAGAAGCGAGUGGAGCGUUCCUGCGAGGACCCCGGAAUUGUUAUCACCACUUACGAAGGUACUCACACUCACCACAGUCCGGCGACGCUGAGGAGUUUGACGGAAGUUGGAGGCGGCGGAGGCGGAGGAGGUGCUGGAGCUGUGAAUCCUUUCGGCAGCCAGCGCCCCGGAUCGUUCACGCAGGCGCUGUACCAGACUAUGCCUCACUUGCAAAUGCAGCAGCAGCAGCAGCAGCAGCAAUCGCUUCUCUCUGGCCUCGGAGCUAGAGGUGCCAGCUUCAAUUUUCCAUCGGCUCGAGCGCAAAGCCAGCAGCAGCAGCAGCAGCAGCAGCAAUUCCUCCAGCAGCAAAGCCAGCUUCUCCAGCAGCAGCGGCAGCACCAGCGAAGCCAGCAGGAUCAGCAACAGUUUCUACAGCAGCACCAACAGCAAAGCCGGCAAGUAGGCCAAAGCCAGACUUUCACGGACGAAGGCCUGCUAGAAGAUAUGGUUCCUCCUGGUAUGCGGAAAUGAAAAUUGGAAACUUACCUCGAUAGCAGGACCAUCUCGAAGCAGCCAGGAGGUCGGUGUUUAAGUCUGGCCAAGCGAAGAAAGGUCCAGUUUUGCGCGUUCUACUGCAGCACCGAAAGGAGAAAAAGAAACGUACACAUGAAUUAGCAAAUAACUUCCACGGCCCAGCGCAUUUUGAGACAAGGUACCUGGUUCUGGGCCGCUACUAACACCUUCAGAUGGAGCUCUUGUCACAAGGCACCAUUUUUUUUUUGCUCGACGAUCCAAGAGGCUUAAACAUUUCCUCUCGCGCAGGCCUUUUCCGUUCCGAUAUAAUUUGUUAUAUCAAGCCGCGGGGGGGAAGAGAUGCUGCUUCGUAGUGUUACAUUCAUUCCAUCUGUGUAGCUCGCAAUAAAACUUUUGGUCACUUUCACCA